AUGGACGCCGACAUCGAAUCGUAUAACCCAUAUCAUGCACUGUCAUUGGUAAAUGUUCCCUUAGCGUCCAUGUUUACCUCAAAUUGCACUUCUGAAAUAAAAAUGAAACUGGCUUCACUAACCCCGAAGAAGAGAGAUGGAAGAAAGAAGUUUAAGGAGACUCGACACCCUGUUUACCGGGGAGUGAGGAAGAGGGAUUCCGGUAAGUGGGUUUGUGAGGUAAGAGUGCCCAACAAGAAGUCGAGAGUCUGGCUAGGGACCCAUCACACUGCUGAAAUGGCAGCCAGGGCACAUGACGUGGCGGCAUUUGCUUUCAGAGGGCGAUUGGCUUGUUUAAAUUUUGCUGACUCAGUGUGGCGGCUGCCAGUCCCGAAGUCUAACAACGUACAGGAUAUACAAAAAGCCGCUGCAGAAGCGGCCAAGGCUUUCAGACACACGGAGGAUGUGGUGGAGAUUAAGGACUUGCCGGGAAUUCAGUUUUACGUCGAUGAAGAAGAAAUUUUCAACAUGCCGGGGUUUUUUGCCAGCAUGGCGGAGGGACUGAUGAUAGCGCCUCCUCAGACGGUGGUGUAUGGCAAGUAUGGGGAUAACGUGGAAUUUUGUGGGCGGGAGUCUUUAUGGAGUUUUUAG